ACGGGAGCAGCACGUUUUAUUCUGCAACCCUGGGGCUCUCAGCGCAGCCUCAGCCAGCGCACCUCGGUAAACAAGAGAAAAAUAACCUAAACGACUGUUUAUACUAUAGCCUAACGUUUGUUAAACAGGGUAGCAAAUAGUGGUAACGAUUUUUAGGACAACGGAAUUGUCCCGUUACUGAGGUAAUCGUUUCAAAUAAUACCUUUUUUUGUUGGUGUGUGUUCAUCUAACAAGUGACUGUGCGGACCGUGCCCCACCGUGAGCAGCGCACAGACCUGUCCCAGGUGCUGAAACCGCCGGUGUUGCGUUUCUGCGGCAACCAACGACCAAGUUCAGGCUACACCGCCAGUAACCGAUUUUUUUAAAUGAGAACAAGAAAAGGAGAGCGGGGGAGGAAAGGAUCUUAGCGCGGUGAAUGCUAAGCAACCCACUAGCCGAGGUGUCGGUCCGGCUUUCGCGAGUAAAUGGGAUAUUCGUUUGGCCGGGCAGGAUGUAAAAAAUUGCUUGAAGGAUGGGGAAACAAGGCUUCUCUGCGGCGACACUGCCACUGCUCGUGUUGGGCUCGCUUACGGUAUCGGUUUCCGCCGGUGGUAAGUACUCAGCCCUGUCGGCUCCUCUCAAUGUGACGAUCAGGGAGCUGGAGGCGAACACAGCCAUAGUCACAUGGGAGAUACUGGAGGGAGAUCCCGUCAUCGGAUUCGCCAUCACACAACAGAAGAAGGACGUGCAUAUGCUGCGGUACAUCCAGGAAGUGAACACGACCACGCGCUCCUGUGCAUUGUGGGAUUUGGAGGAGGACACGGAGUACAUUGUUCAUGUCCAGAGCGUCAGCAUGGGAGGCAGCAGUCCUCCCAGUGACCCGGUCAGCUUCAGAACUCCCAGAGAGUCUGAGAAACCGGCCUCCACAGUACCAGACUCGGUGAACAGGGAGGAGAUGGAACAGGCACUGCAGUUCAGAGUUGGAGAGCUCAUCAUCAUCGUAGUGGUGCUGGUCAUGUGGGCAGGUGUGAUCCUCCUGUUCUGUCGUCAGUAUGACAUCAUCAAAGACAACGAACCCAACAACAACAAGGACAAAGCCAAGACCUCGUCCGAAUGCAGUACGCCCGAACACCCACAGGGAGGCCUACUGCGUAGCAACCUCUGAAACCAGCCCCCACAGUCCACUCAGCUAUAUGGCAAUAACUCACCUGAUUCCUUGGGACAGAUCCUGAGACCAACAGAAGCCAUUCUCAAACUCCCCCUGAAACCAUUUUAGGACCCUUCUUGCAACAACAGAAACAGACCGGGACUAAUACUAAGACCAGAAUGUAACCCAGGACGCAUUAAUAAAGCCACGACCAGAGUCAGACAAAAAAACAAACAGUUGUCUUUGAAGCAAACAGAACUUGUUCAUUGCCACACUCUUUUGAAUUCGGGGAGCCCCUGGAUCCUGGAAACUGUUAGGCCAAUUGAUUGAAAAUGGCCGACAAUGGAUCCAAAAAGGACACCGGUCAAUAUCUUGAACCUGGAUCACUAACUGUCUGAAUGACAGUAUGCACCAUCCAUUUGGAAACAUUUGGAAACGUUGGCACAUAUUGAACAUGACCCCUGGUUUCAGAGUAGCCUGACUGACACCCAUGAGGAUGGGAUGUGUUUGUUUGGUUCCAAGCGUCCGCAACAUGGCGAUCACCACGACGAUGAUGAUGAGCUCUCCAGCUCCGAGCUAAGACUCCUGACACCAUCUCCUACACCAAUCAGCACCUCAGACUACAGCAUAGACCCCGCCCAGGAACCCAGCCCAGCCAAUCACAACAGCCCAACCCACUGUGGACCACAAUCACCCACCAUCCAGAGUGGGGAACCUGAAUAGGUGAAGUUGUCCCUAGUAGGCUGGACACAUGACAUUUUUAACCACGCUUCUUCUACUUUCUGAUAUAAACUAGUUCAUUGCAUCCUCCGUGGAGCCAUGUUUCAUAAUAUGACCAUGUCCCAACAGCUUGCCGUAGUUUUGAAGUAUUCACACAAAAACAGGCCAUAUUUCAGGGCAUUUCUCACCCUGCCAGCUCCUAUUAGUUCUUUUGAGCACCGUGGCACCAACUCACCUCCAGAACAUUCUAUUACCAGCAUAAUGAUCUAUGUCACAAUGCCUGUUUUGCUAUUGUUGGCACUGAGAUCUGCCCACGUUGCUGGUAGUUAACAACAACAAAAAUGACUCAUGGAACUCUGAGGUCAUCCCAUUGUUUACUAUAGGGAUAUAUAGGUAUGUCUGUCUAUUUCGCCAAAUAUCUCACAAUAUGUAUAUUUAGAUUUUUUCGAAAAGGACACCAUUUCAAACAUUACAAUCUCCUCUAUCUAAUUAUGUAAGGCUGGGUAGCGUACUCCGUAGUCAUCAAACACUAGCCCCCAAAAUACCUUUUGCCCUUGGAACGCUGAUUGUUUUCCUAUGGAGAGGAACGCUGGUAUAUUUCGCCAAAUAUCUCUCAAUGUGUAUAUUUAGAUUUUUUUUCAAGUCGGACACCAUUCUAAUCACGAUAAUCUCCUCUAUCUAAUUGGUUGGGUCUAAUUGUGUUGCUGUCCUGGGGCUCUGUGGGGUGUGUUUGUGUUUGUGAACAGAGCCCCAGGACCAGCUUGCUUAGGGGACUCUUCUCCAGGUUCAUCUCUCUGUAGGUGAUGGCUUUGUUAUGGAAGGUGUCGGCCUAAUUCUGCUCUGCAUGCAUUAUUUGGUGUUUUACGUUGUACACAGAGGAUAUUUUUUUCAGAAUUCUGCAUGCGUAAUCUCAAUUUGGUGUUUGUCCGAUUUUGUGAAUUCUUGGUUGGUGAGCAGACCUCAGACCUCACAACCAUAUAUUUUAGCCAGAUCCUAAUUGGUUUGUUGAAUUUUAUGUUCCUUUGGAUGGCAUAGAAGGCACCUCUUGGCUUGUCUCUCAGAUCGUUCACAGCUUUGUGGAAGUUAUCUGUGGCGCUGAUGUUAAGGCCGAGGUAUGUAUAGUUUUUUUGUGCUCUAGGGAAACGGUGUCCAGAUGGAAUUUGUAUUCGUGUUUCUGGCAACUGGACCUUUUUUGGAAAACCAUUAUUUUACUGUCCCAAUCUGACAGAAUCUGUGCAGAAGAUCUAGGUGCUGCUGUAGGCUCUCCUUGGUUGGGGACAGAAUCACCAGAUCAUCAGCAAACAGUAGACAUUUGACUUCAGAUCAUAGUAGCAUUCUCUCUCUCUCUCCCACGCUCUCUCUUUCCAUAUGUCUCUCUCCCCCUCUAUAUCUCAGUUGAAUUCAAUUUAAGGGCUUUAUUGGCAUGGGAAACAUAUGUUAACAUUUCUCUCUCCCCCACCCCCACCCCCUCUCUCUCUGUGUGUCUGUCUCUGCAUGACCAUGCUCAGCAGCAGCUCAAAGUGAAAAUCACAUACAGUAUUAUAGUGAGAGAAUGGGGGGGGGAUGCUGUAGAUGCCUGAGAGAGAGAGUGAGAGACCCUUACUCAUAGAUACUUGUUGUGAUCUGUUCACGGAGUUAAUGAUGAGUUAAUGUUUUAUGUAAAACCAUCAAGUGUGUGUUGAAGCAUUUGACGUCUAUAACACACAACUUUCAUGAGGUUAUACUAUUUCUAUGAAAAUAAUAUACAUGAAAUAACUGUCAAAUUAUCUAUUCAAACACAAUAAAAUAAUA